AUGAGGGGGGGCUCGGAGGGCAGCGGGGAGGGCGAGGGGCUCUCGAGCCUGCGGGCCUUCGCCCACAGCUCCUCGCUGCACGGCAUCAGCCACGUCUUCGCCUACGGGGCCGUGUCCCUGCGCCGCGUGCUCUGGGGCGGCUUCUUCCUGGGCUCGCUGGGGCUGCUGCUGCUCGUGUGUGCCGAGCGCGUCGCCUACUUCCUCACCUACCCCCACGUCACCAAGCUGGACGAGGUGGCCGCCCGCAACCUCACCUUCCCGGCCAUCACCAUCUGCAACCUCAACGAGUUCCGCUUCUCCAAAAUCACCCGCAACGACAUGUACCACGUGGGCGAGCUGCUGGCGCUGCUCAACGAGCGCUACGAGAUCAGCAACCCGCAGCUGGCCGAGCCCCACGUCCUGGCUGCCCUGAGGGACAAGGCCAACUUCAAGAACUUCAAGGCGAAGCCCUUCAGCAUGGCCGAGUUCUACAACCGCACGGGCCACGACCUGGCCGAGAUGCUGCUGCAGUGCACCUUCCGUGGCACCGGCUGCACCGCCCGCAACUUCACCGUGAUCUUUACACGCCUGGGGAAGUGCUACACGUUCAACCCGGGGGGGCCGGGGCGCGAGGUCCUGACCACGCUGCAGGGGGGCUCCGGCAACGGCCUCGAGCUCAUGCUCAACGUGCAGCAGGAGGAAUAUCUGCCUGUCUGGGGGGACACAGACGAGACGUCGUUCGAGGUGGGGGUGAAGGUGCAGAUCCACAGCCAGGAGGAGCCGCCCUUCAUCGACCAGCUGGGCUUUGGCGUCGCCCCCGGCUUCCAGACCUUCGUCUCCUGCCAGCAGCAGCGGCUCGUGUACCUGCCCCCCCCGUGGGGGGACUGCAAGGCCACCCCCAUCGAGUCCGACUUCUUCACCAACUACAGCCUGACCGCGUGCCGCCUGGACUGCGAGACGCGCUACCUGGCCGAGAACUGCAACUGCCGCAUGGUGCACAUGCCGGGCAACGCCAACGUCUGCACCCCGGAGCAGUACAAGGAGUGUGCUGACCCCGCGCUGGACUUCCUGGUGACGAAGGACAGCGAGUACUGCGCGUGCCGCACACCCUGUGCCAUGGUGCGCUACGGCAAAGAGCUCUCCAUGGUGAAGAUCCCCAGCAAGGCCUCGGCCAAGUACCUGGCCAAGAAAUUCAACAAGACAGAGCAGUACAUCGCGGACAAUGUGCUGGUCCUGGACAUCUUCUUCGAGGCUCUGAACUACGAGAUGAUCGAGCAGAAGAAGGCGUACGAGGUGGCAGGACUGCUGGGUGACAUCGGGGGGCAGAUGGGGCUCUUCAUCGGCGCCAGCCUCCUCACCAUCCUGGAGAUCUUCGAUUACCUGUACGAGGUGUUCCGGGACAAACUCCUCAGCCUGUACAAGGAGAAGAAGCGGAGCCCCCGGAGCGACAGCGGCACCCUGAGUGCCCGGCCCUCCCUGCGUGGCCCCGCGCCCCGUCUCGGCGUCGCCCCGAACCUGCUACCUCGUCACCCGGCUCUAGGGCCCCCCCGGGACCCGCCGCGGAGCCCAGCCCGCCCCCCCGCCGGCCGGGGGGCUGGGGGGGCACCCCCGGGCCACGGGGCAGCCUCCUGGUCCCCCCCACCCCCUGAGGGGGUGUCGGGGGGCUGGGUGCAAGGGGCCCCCGCAGCCCCGCUCCCGUGA